UUUAAUUCCACAUUCAAAAUCAAAGGCCAAAUUUACCACAAAGUCGGCUCAUUACUACCAAUGCCAAACGAACCUUAUAAAUUUUUACAAAUUUACUUUAUGGGUGGCGAGGACUCCGAACGGGCACUCGCCAAUCGCGUGAAUACACGUUGCAACUAUAAUCACCUCAAUUCACCAUUUGCACAUAAGCUACAAAGUGACAAUCACGCUAUUUUCAUCAAUCCUGAUAGAACACCAGCUGGAGGGCAUAUACGUCGAUUCAACGCACCUGUUGUUGACGACGUGGCUGGAAUCAUGGUUGGCGACCAUACAGCUACGCGACAAAUCGUGAUUCGAAGAAGAAAUAAUUCUCUUCAGUCCAUUCCUGAUACCCAUCGUUUAUAUGAUGCUCUCCAAUAUCCACUCAUUUUUUGGAAGGGACAAGACGGAUAUUGCAUAAACCUUAAGCAACGAGAUCCGGUAACAGGACAAGCGUUCUGUCGCUGUCGCCGAGUGUGGUUCGGUGGAAGGCGCGCACAAGAAUUGUGCGUCUCGAGUUCAGUCGUUGUUACAACUCGAGUGCGACCGAACUCGCUGCGCUAAUUAUUGAUCAAGAAAAUAAUACACGUUAUACACCAAUCAGUUUUCCAACUUGAUUUAUUACAACAAUGCCACGAACACGCAGGGGGGCUAAUUUGAGUCGUCAAACAAACAGAUCUAGAGGCAUGCAAGAUAGAAGAGCAAUAAGAUCAGAUGCAGAAAGGCAACAAAGUAAUGCAGAUGUCCGUGUAAGAAUGGCGCAGUUACGAGAUGAGCGAAACCAACAAAGACAAUUGGAACGAAGAGAAGCGCGCAGAUUCGUAGCCAACAGACGUAGAGGGAUUGACCAACAUCAACAAGUACUUCGAGCAUUUACAUCACAUUCAUUUCUUCGACUAGCAUUUCAGUAUGAGCCUGAUGUUGAAUAUUACGCUCAUUCCAAAGUGGUAAUUGGUACAUUGGACAAGGAAUGCCCGCACUGUCAAGCCCUUAAAUUUAAAAAUGAGCCAAUUGGGAUGUGUUGCUCAUCAGGAAAAGUGAAACUUCCAGAAAUUGAAACACCGCCGGAACCAUUGCACGGCCUCCUUAUUGGUACUGAUCCAAAUUCUUCGCUGUUCUUGCGUUCAAUUCGGCAAUUCAAUUCAUGUUUUCAAAUGACAUCGUUCGGAGCAACGGAAAUAGUUAAAAAUACUGCUGCAAAUGGUCAACAAUUUAAUUCCACGUUCAAAAUCAAAGGCCAAAUUUACCACAAAGUCGGCUCAUUACUACCAAUGCCAAACGAACCUUAUAAAUUUUUACAAAUUUACUUUAUGGGUGGCGAGGACUCCGAACGGGCACUCGCCGAUCGCGUGAAUACACGUUGCAACUAUAAUCACCUCAAUUCACCAUUUGCAACGCGCAUUGUCAGCGAGCUGGACGCUCUGUUAAAUGAGCACAACGAAUUGUUGAAAUUAUUCAAAUCACAUAUGCAUAAGCUACAAAGUGACAAUCACGCUAUUUUCAUCAAUCCUGAUAGAACACCAGCUGGAGGGCAUAUACGUCGAUUCAACGCACCUGUUGUUGACGACGUGGCUGGAAUCAUGGUUGGCGACCAUACAGCUACGCGACAAAUCGUGAUUCGAAGAAGAAAUAAUUCUCUUCAGUCCAUUCCUGAUACCCAUCGUUUGUAUGAUGCUCUCCAAUAUCCACUCAUUUUUUGGAAGGGACAAGACGGAUAUUGCAUAAACCUUAAGCAACGAGAUCCGGUAACAGGACAAGCGUUCUGUCGCUGUCGCCGAGUGUGGUUCGGUGGAAGGCGCGCACAAGAAUUGUGCGUCUCGAGUUCAGUCGUUGUUACAACUCGAGUGCGACCGAACUCGCUGCGCUAAUUAUUGACCAAGAAAAUAAUACACGUUAUACACCAAUCAGUUUUCCAACUUGAUUUAUUACAACAAUGCCACGAACACGCAGGGGGGCUAAUUUGAGUCGUCAAACAAACAGAUCUAGAGGCAUGCAAGAUAGAAGAGCAAUAAGAUCAGAUGCAGAAAGGCAACAAAGUAAUGCAGAUGUCCGUGUAAGAAUGGCGCAGUUAAGAGAUGAGCGAAACCAACAAAGACAAUUGGAACGAAGAGAAGCGCUCAGAUUCGUAGCCAACAGACGUAGAGGGAUUGACCAACAUCAACAAGUACUUCGAGCAUUUACAUCACAUUCAUUUCAUCGACUAGCAUUUCAGUAUGAGCCUGAUGUUGAAUAUUACGCUCAUUCCAAAGUGGUAAUUGGUACAUUGGACAAGGAAUGCCCGCACUGUCAAGCCCUUAAAUUUAAAAAUGAGCCAAUUGGGAUGUGUUGCUCAUCAGGAAAAGUGAAACUUCCAGAAAUUGAAACACCGCCGGAACCAUUGCACGGCCUCCUUAUUGGUACUGAUCCAAAUUCUUCGCUGUUCUUGCGUUCAAUUCGGCAAUUCAAUUCAUGUUUUCAAAUGACAUCGUUCGGAGCAACGGAAAUAGUUAAAAAUACUGCUGCAAAUGGUCAACAAUUUAAUUCCACAUUCAAAAUCAAAGGCCAAAUUUACCACAAAGUCGGCUCAUUACUACCAAUGCCAAACGAACCUUAUAAAUUUUUACAAAUUUACUUUAUGGGUGGCGAGGACUCCGAACGGGCACUCGCCAAUCGCGUGAAUACACGUUGCAACUAUAAUCACCUCAAUUCACCAUUUGCAACGCGCAUUGUCAGCGAGCUGGACGCUCUGUUAAAUGAGCACAACGAAUUGUUGAAAUUAUUCAAAUCACAUAUGCAUAAGCUACAAAGUGACAAUCACGCUAUUUUCAUCAAUCCUGAUAGAACACCAGCUGGAGGGCAUAUACGUCGAUUCAACGCACCUGUUGUUGACGACGUGGCUGGAAUCAUGGUUGGCGACCAUACAGCUACGCGACAAAUCGUGAUUC